GACGCACCCCUUUAUUGCCCAAGUAGUGAAAAGAAAAGGCCGAAUCAAACCAAUUAGAAACCGUAUCAAACGAUUACUGUGCCUCGAUAAAACAGCUGGAAACCCGAUAAUAGACCAGGCACGCCGAACUGAAAAAACAGAAGAGGAGAGAAAGAGGCUUUGCGAUGGCCGCCGGCUGGUCCUCCCUCCCCGCCGAUCUUCUCAGUGAGAUCUCGGGCCGCCUGAUCACCGACGCAGACCAGCUCCACGCCCACCAGGUAUGCGCCCACUGGCGAGCCUCAAUUUCUCCUCCGGCCGCCUACCGCCCGUGGGUCGUCGCCGCCCGACAGGCCCCGGACGAACUGAGCCCAGUCGGCGAGUACUCCCUCCAGCUCCCUCGCGGCGUCCCGGGCGUCGACUUCAAGGCGGCCCCACCCGGUCUCCCGUACUGCUGCGGCACGCCCCGCGGCUGGCUCGCCCUUGCGGACGACGUCCGGUCCCCCACGCGGCUCGUGCUGUGGGAGCCCCACUCCGGCACCGAGAUCCCGCUUCCAUGCCUGUGCCCGGUCGUCCAGGUCUUCCUCUCCGGCGACCCGCUCGAGUCGUCGCACUGGAUGGCCGUCGCGACCCAGCUCAGACGGCCCCGGGCGCAUAUCCUCUUCUUCUGGCGGCCCGGGGACGCCGCCUGGAGCGGCCCGGCCGCGGUUCCUUGCGCGAAACUCCACAGCGUCGAAUUCCAUGAGGGGAACAUAUACUGCAUAGACCGCAUGUCUAACGUGUCCAUCUACGAUCUCAAGCUCGGCACGGCGUCCCCUCCCGUGCUCCUCCGGUGCUUCGGCAUGUGCCCUAGUCAGGCGUCGGAGUCGUUGGAGACCCGCAAGUAUUGGAAGGACUGCGUGCGUGCGGUGCACGUCGUGGCCUGCCGCGGCGAGCUCCUGCUCGUGCUGCUGUUCCACGGCCGCCGCCCGUCGCUCAUGGAAGUCUACAGGCCGGCGUGGACGCCCGCUGAAUGGCCCUUCCAGGUCGGUGAGAGGGUGACUGACCUCGGGGGCUACGCGCUCUUCCUCGGCUGCAGCGACGCCGUUGCGCUGUCUGCCAAGGAGUACCCGGCGAUCAGGGGGAACUGCGUUUACUACCUGGUGCACAACCUCCCCAAGUACAGGAAGCAUUGGGCAAUGGUGUAUGAUCUGGGGACGGGUGAUGUGGACGAUAUACCUUACCCCGAGGUGCACAAGCAGGAGAAUGGCUGCUGGCCAUAUUCUUGGUUUUGUCCUCGAAGGCCCUUCCUGAAGAAGCAGGUAGUUUAAGCAGUAAGCACAGACUUCAAAAUUAAUCUUUUCUUGACGAAAUUCCCGUUGUAACUGUUUUAAUCACAGAAUUUCGUUACGAAAUUCCUAUUGUAUAACUGUUAAGACCGCAGGAUUUCCUAGUAAAAACCACUAAAUUAUACUGUAUCAAAACUGUUAGAGCACAUCUUCCGUUGGAUUUUUGACCGUUG